AAAAUUAAAUUGAAAUUCAGGCGAUAUCAUGUAAAAAAUUGCAUAUCUUAAUUUUACUUCCAAUUAAUGUACGCUACGAAUAAAUUUAUUUAUAUUUCUAAAAUAAAAAUUGUAAUUGUUAUUAGUAAGUAAUAGUUGGCUGUAUUAUAAUUAACAUUUUGCUUUAGGCAUUAAAAGUAUUAAAACCUGACGCGCCAUUUUUGAAUUACUUACCUAUAAUGAUUAUUUGCUAAACAAUAUUAUCGAUUUAACAAGUGCAAAGAAUUUAUCAAUUCCAAUGUCGGAGGUAUCAAUUCCUACAAAUAUAUACGAGGAGGUCUUAACGGAGGAGACUAUUUGUGAUUUAUCUUCUAGUGAUUUGGAAACGGUACCAAAGUUUGAUAAUAAAUUGCUAACAGUACUUUAUUUACAAAAUAACAGAAUAUCAGAACUGUCCGAAGAUUUCUUCCCGUCUCUCCCUAGCCUCAUGUGGUUGGACUUGAGAAACAAUUGCUUAACCAACAUCCCCAAAUCCAUACAAACCCACCCCAGUCUCACACACUUGUUGCUACAGAACAACAAGUUAACAGCACUUCCAGAUGAGUUAGGUACACUAAGCCUAAAAGUGUUACAACUCAACGGGAAUCCUAUAACCUACCCGCCAAAAGAAAUUAUCAAUGAAGGGACAUUGAAAAUAUUGUCGUUUUUAAACCAAAAAUGUAUUGAAAAAAUUUUAGUACAGUCACCAAUAGAAUUGUCUGAAGAUGGGCAGAGCACGCGUACGUUCGACACCAUAAGCCAAAGUAGAAGUUACAACUCUGUACUGGACAGGAGCAAAAUCAAAGAGAAAUCUCUAUCUGUAAUACUGAAUGACAAAGAAGUUGAUUCCGAAGAGGAGGAAUAUUACGAGAAAAUCAAAGGGAAAUGUCCAAAAUUAGCCAAAAGUAGAUACAAGUCUGUACAGUCAUAUACUCAGAGUUCAAAAUACGUUGAUCCACCUGAAGCGGAAAGCAAGGCCGUGGCUAACUUCAAGAUAAAACAGAAUUACCUAAAAGAUCUGGCUAUAAAGAAACACAAAGAUUUAUUAGCUAAAAGAGAUAAGAUUUUGCAAGAUAGGAAGAACAUCCAACUUCUCCAAAACUGGCGUCGUGAAUACAGAAUCAAGCAGCACUCAGCUGACGGAACAUACAAAUUGGAACCUAAAUGUUUUCCUUACGACACCAAUCCGGAAUACAUGACUUUUUUGACCAGGGAAGAUAUAGAAAAGGAUCUCCCCGAUAAGUAUAAAAGAAAGUUGGUCCGGAGGUGUAAACCGACUGUGCCGAGGAAGAGUUCCAAUGACGUUCAUCUGGCGAUAAAAAUAAAGCAACUUUUUGAGAAUCUUGAAGCUAUAGAUUUGAAUAGAAGUGAUAUGACGCCGAGGACUGAACAGAAGGUGUUGUUGAAUGAAAUACAAAAGAUAACGGAAAUAAAACAGAAGCUUAUGGAGCUAUCGUCGUCGAAUGCAAUGUCGGUGAUUCGAGAUUAGAAAACUAAAUACCAAUUUAUUCAUACCGGUAAAUUUGUCAAGAAAGCGAAGAAAUUAGACGAGUUCGCCUGUCUCCUGCUUACCGGCAGCACUGGGUGUUCACCAAUCUUGACCAUUCUAUUUGAUAUUGCAAUAGCAUAAAAAUGUAGUUCCGUCUAAAAUUAGUUUUCUUCACUUCGUUGACAGACUGUACUAUAUUACUAGUAGUUAAUAAUAGCUUAAUAUGGCAGUAUCAUGACUUACCUAAUAAUAUUGUUACGGCUAAUUUAUCUGUCAAUUUACAAACACUAUCAGUGAGUGACCGAUUACCCGGUCAAGCGAGCAAGAUAUCAAUAGGCUUAGUUAGUUACUUACGAAGCAAAACCACAUAUAUUAAUUGAAAAACCGUAACACGUAUGUAGGUGUUCCAUUUCGCCGCCAUUUAGUGAAAAAACUUCAUACGGGAAUAACAUUAUUGUAUGAUUUAAUAUACGUAAAUCCGUAACAUGUUUCGUCGAAAUAUACUUUAAUUAAUCUAAAAGGCCACCCCGUAUUGUAUCCGACUUAAAAGUAUCCAUAACACUCGCUGCAUUUCCCUGCUGAAUGGCAAUGAAUAUCCUUUGAGAUAAGGAAAGACUAUCAUGGUCAUGCUCAGAAAUGCGAUAGCUUAUUUUUUUUUAACUUUUUGCCUCAGAUCCACUCCUUCAUAAACC